AUUUAAGCAACUGUCUACUAGCUAUAUGAACUAGUCUAUAUCGCACACUGUUACAUGUACUGUGUCCUCAGUGCUCAAUCUCUAUUGCUAAUAUUAUCAACCCCACACAUUGAAGAGGCCAUUGAAUUAGCCAUUCAUAUCCUGCCCGGUUGAGAGAGAAACAGAGGUAUAUACCGAAAGGGCUACAUAGCAGUCUAACAGUAUGGGCAAGAAAAACAAGAAGUCCGCCGAACACAAGGAACGUGUUGCAGCGAAGACAAGCAAGAAAGCGGCCCAAAAGGAAAAGAAGUCCAAGACCAAGAAGGGAAAGGACGCUGAUAGUGAUGUGGAAGAUGCGGAUCUGGAUUCUAUUCUAGCGCAAUACGCCGAAGAACAGGCUAGAUUCCUCAAGGUCACUGAAGUUGUUUCGGGACCGCCUUCUCCUCGGUCUUCUGCAACUGUGCUAGCAUCCCCUUCUAAUCGAAAUGAAUUAUUGGUCUUCGGUGGAGAGUUCUUUGACGGAAACCUAGCGACUUUCUUCAACAAUCUAUUUGUUUAUAAUAUUGACCGAAAUGAAUGGAAAGAGGUCACUAGUCCCAAUAGUCCAUUGCCUCGGAGUGGUCAUGCUUGGUGCCGUGGUGGGAAUACUGGCGGCGUGUACCUAUUUGGAGGCGAGUUCUCAUCGCCGAAACAGGGUACUUUCUAUCAUUACAAUGAUUUCUGGUACCUCGAUCCAUCGACGAGAGAAUGGGCUCGUCUUGAGACCAAGGGCAAGGGCCCUCCGGCCAGAAGUGGCCAUAGAAUGACUUACUACAAGAACUAUAUUAUUCUAUUUGGCGGGUUCCAAGACACCUCGCAGCAAACUAAAUACCUUCAAGAUUUGUGGAUAUACGACUGCUCAAAGUAUACCUGGUAUAAUCCCAUAUUACCUCCUGCAUCACAGAAGCCUGAUCCCCGCUCUUCUUUCUCUUUCCUUCCUCACGAAGCAGGUGCAGUCAUCUUAGGUGGGUAUUCCCGUGUAAAAGCCACAACUGGUGUAGGAGGGAAACCAUUGAAAGGUGGACCUCAGCGUAUGACCAUGAAACCUAUGGUCCACCAGGACACUUGGCUUCUUCGUAUCACACCACCUGCUGCCGAUGCUCCCGCAACUGCGGCUCCCAUGAUUCGCUGGGAACGCCGAAAGAAGCCUGCGAAUGCCCCAAAUCCGCCUCGUGCAGGUGCUACCAUGGCGUACCACAAGGGUCGAGGCAUCAUGUUUGGUGGUGUCCAUGAUGUGGAGCUUAGUGAAGAGGGAAUUGACAGUGAAUUUUUCGAUACCUUGUACGCUUGGAAUACUGAUAGGAACCGUUUUUUCCCACUCAGCCUCCGACGCCCAAGAGCAGCAGGCAAAAAGCAGGCAAAUAUGGCUGUUAAAUAUCGAGACCGGGGCAAAGCCGAUGAGGAGGAGCUGCUACAGAACCUCAGGGCUCUGGAAGCAAAGAGGGGCAUCCGCAGCCAGGACGAUGACGAUGAGAUGGAACUUCGCACUCCCAAAGUCGAAGAUGAACCUGCUGAGCCAGAGAAACCUUCCAUUGUCCGCUUCGAAAUGCCUCACAUGCGGUUCAACGCGCAACUAACGGUGCAAGAUGACACUCUAUUCAUAUUUGGUGGAACCUAUGAGAAAGGUGAUCGAGAGUUCACGUUCAAUGACAUGUACUCUAUCGAUCUAGUCAAACUUGAUGGCGUCAAGGAGAUCUUUUACAACGAACCAGAGAACUGGCAUCUCCUCAACGAGGAGGAGGAAAGCGACGAUGAAAUGGAUGAUGACGAAGAUUAUGAGGAGGAAGGAGAAUACGAAGAUGAUGCAAUGUCACUGGAUAUUACUGCCUCUCCCGCUCCAACAGAGAUAACGGUGCCGUCCGUGACCCAAGAAAUGGAGCAGCUCGACAUGGAAGAGCCGGAGGGAGAGCCAUCUGUACAGGACAGUAGGCCUCUUCCUCGACCUUUUGAGAGCUUGCGUGAUUUCUUCAGCCGUACUUCUGAGGAAUGGCAAAUGAUCUUACUUGAGACAUACAAAUUGAAGGGUUUGGAGCCUGAGAAAAAUAUCAAAGAACUGCGCAAGGAUGCGUUUAACAUUGCCGAGGAGAAGUGGUGGGACAGCAGAGAAGAAGUUAUGGCUCUCGAAGACGAACAAGAGGAGGCUGGAAUCGGCGAGGUUGUUAGCCUUGCUGAGCGAGAUAAUGCUGGCGGUGCUGGGCGACGUCGGUGAUGGUAAAAGAAAAAAAAAAUUUGCCAUGAAAAAUUUAGGAGCGUGUAUAUUCAAAAACUAUUCGUAGUUAAACACAUGGUACCUUAAGAAUGACUAGUGUCUACAUUCGAUCAAGUGCCAGUAACAUUUGAAUAGUAGAUUCUCGCUAUCAGUUUAGAACCUUUCAACAACGCUCUUCAGCACAUUUGUCACGACUUCAAUAUCUCUGUUUUCAUCGACUCUCCAAUUGGAGAUGGCAAUCCGACAAGCCGGUCGCCCUUGCCAUGAGGUUCCAGAAACAAAUAUCUUAGAUGUCUCGUUUAUCUUUGAUGCAAGAACUUUAUUCAAGUCGUCUUGUUUCGCACUAAACAGGACAGUCAUGAAAGUUUGGUCCAUUAACUCCUCCUUACUAGUGGCCUCUGGCAAGACAUUGUAUUCCGAAUGAUCAAAUAGCCAUCCUGAAAUCAACCUAGCCAACCGAAUCUGUUUCUUGAGCAUAGCCUGAUACCCAGUUCUGCCGUAGGCAACAAGAGAAGCAUAGACAGGGAGCGCCCUGAAA